AUGGCGUCCAUACCGAAGACGAUGAAGGCGGUGUAUAUUGAGAAGACGGGUGGGACGGAUGUGUUGCAAUAUAGCGAUGUGCCGGUUCCUGAGCCCAAGGAGGGAGAGGUACUCGUUAAGAAUGAGUUCAUUGGUAUCAACUACAUCGAUACAUACUUCCGCUCAGGAGUCUACAAACCCACCCACUUCCCUUACAUCCUGGGUCGCGAAGGCGCAGGAACUAUUGCUGCAACCGGCUCCAAUACACCCGCCGACCUCAAAGUGGGUGCACGAGUAGCCUACAUGGGUCAAUCGGCCUAUGCGGAAUACGUUGCUGCGCCAGCGAAGACGACGGUUCCUUUGCCAGACUCUGUUCCUACUAAGACAGCUGCUGCUUCCUUGCUCCAAGCGCUAACCGCUGUAACUCUUAUCCGUGAAGCGUACGCUGUGCAAAAGGGCGACUGGAUCCUUGUCACAGCUGCGGCCGGUGGUGUCGGACUGUGGUUGUGUCAGCUACUGAAGGCGAUUGGCGCAAGAGUCAUUGCGACAGCUAGUACGGAGGAGAAGAGAAAUCUCGCAAAGGAAAAUGGUGCUGAGGUGUUGCUUGAGUACUAUGAGGAAGACAGAGACAUUUUCGUGAAGAAGGUCCUGGAAAUUACGGGAGGGGAGGGUGUACAUGCCGUCUUUGACUCAGUUGGCAAGGCUACUUUCGACAGCUCGCUUGCUGUGGUGAGGAGGAAGGGUACUAUGUGUUCAUUUGGUAACGCAUCUGGCCCUGUGGACAAUUUUGCUCUUAGUCGUCUUGCAGCAAAGAACAUCAAGCUCGUCCGACCCACGCUCUUCAACUACCUCGCUACGCGCGAGGAAGUUCUAGAAGCAUCGAAUGAGCUGUGGAAGUUUAUUGAGAAGGACGGGCUGAAGGUCAAGAUUCACGAUGUUUAUCCUUUGAAGGAUAUUGUAAGGGCGACUCAGGAUAUUGAGGGCCGGAAGACUACUGGAAAGUUGGUUCUGACGCCGUAG